CAGUAGUGUUGCUUCGUGGCGGCCCUGAUUCAGUUGUCAGGGGCUAGGAACCAUUUUACCAACAAAGGGAGCUGAGACUUUUGAUCGGCAAGUGUUGGAGAAACGCGUUGGCUGCUAUCAUUCACCCUGCUGGGCCUUGGCUCAGAGAUUGGGGUCUCGUGGUUGUGCUUGCAUAGACAGCAUGGAGUGGGGAAAGGUGAUUUCUUUGAACACGACGCCCUCCAUCGGAUCGACCCCACUGGACAUUGAGGUGGAUGAUUUUCCACCUGCAAAGACAGAGCGGAACUUGGCUGAAGGCAUCAAGAGUCUUUACCAGACUUGCCAGAUGUACGAUCUGAACUUGGUGGUGGGGAAGACCAGCUUGCCUGCACACAAGGUGGUGUUGGCAUCCAUGAGCACUGCAUGCUGCGAACAAGUGCGGAAGGCUGUUGCUGAAUUUGAGCAAGGUCGUGAACCACGUGAAGCGCUGCAGAGCACUGAACAGGUGAAGACCGGUCCAGAGGCGGAGGCGGUCGUUCCUCUCCAAGCGACUGGAGAGGCCCUUGCUGCUUCACCACCGGUGUACAGCAACCAGUGGAAGCCUGACUCUCCCUCCGAAGGUGAGAAAGCUCCUGCUCCAGAGCGUGUAUCUCCAAACAAAGACACUUCUCAGGAAAAGUCUCGGCCCUCCUCGCGACCUGAGCUGGUCCUUGACAUUGCCAGUCCUGAGGCUGCAAGGGCUUUGCUCGACAUGGUCUAUGGACUGGGACGUGAAUACAACAUCACCUCCGAUGAGGCCAACAAAGAUGUCUUACGACUGGCUAAGCAGCUGGACAUCCCCUCCUUACAGGAGCUUGCGACCAGAUAUUUGGGUGAGCAAUUGUCAAGUGAAAAUGCAGUUGCACGGUUACAGACCUGCCAGGAGUUCGGCCUGGAUGAAAUGUAUGAUGCCAUUGUGGAAGAAGUUGUGAUGACCAGGGAUGCGUUGCAACUUGUCGCAGCCAACGAGGAGG